CUCGAUAAAACUAUAUCUUUUAAGUCCUAUAUUAAGAUAAGAGCGGCUAAGGCAUACUCCACGGCCGGCUAUAUAAGAGGACUAAACAGAGUUAUCUCUACAGCACCCCUAUCCGCUGUACGGAAGGCCAUCCACACGAUUAUACUCCCGAAGACCUUUUUCGGCGCCGAAGUAUAG